AAUUGCUUAAACCCUAAGAGCAGCCUCCUCCUCCUUCUUCCUCUGUCUGGCCCUAUAGAGAAAUGGAGGAAGAGCUUCGUGUUCGGCUCAAUGAGCAUCACCAGGUGUCGAAGGUAUUCCCAGUGAAACCAAAAUCAACGGCUAAACCUGUUUCCGAGUCGGAGACUCCGGAAUCCAGAUACUGGUCCUCCUUCAAACCUCACUCCAUACCUAAUCUCGUCUCCUCCAUCUCCGCCUUGGCUUUCUCUCCUGUCCACCCUCACUCCUUGGCCGUCGCUCACUCCGCCAGCGUCUCCCUCUUUUCCUCUCUUUCUCUUUCCUCCUCCCGCCGUUUCUCCUUCCGUGAUGUUGUCUCCUCCGUCUGUUUCCGUUCCGACGGCGCUCUUUUCGCCGCUUGCGAUCUCUCCGGUGUUGUCCAGGUAUUCGACAUCAAGGAACGCAUGGCUCUCCGUAGCCUCCGCUCCCACACCGCCCCCGCCCGAUUCGUCAAGUAUCCCUUUCAGGACAAACUUCACUUGGUUUCCGGAGGCGACGAUGGAGUCGUCAAGUACUGGGAUGUCGCCGGAUCAACCGUCAUCUCAGAUCUGUUAGGCCACAAGGACUAUGUCCGCUGCGGUGAUUGCUCCCCCGUCAACGAUUCAAUGUUCAUUACUGGCUCUUACGAUCACACUGUCAAGGUGUGGGACGCCAGAGUGGACAAGUCCAAAUGGAUCGCCGAGAUCAACCAUGGACUCCCUGUGGAGGACGUCGUGUACCUGCCUUCCGGUGGAAUGAUCGCAACCGCCGGCGGGAACAGCGUCAAGGUUUGGGACUUGAUCGGAGGCGGGAAGAUGGUUUGCUCCAUGGAGAGUCACAACAAGACCGUCACCUCUCUCUGCGUGGGGAGAAUGGAUUCGGCUGAGACUCGACUUGUGAGCGUUGCCUUGGACGGAUACAUGAAAGUGUUUGACUACGGGAGAGCGAAGGUGACUUACUCUAUGAGGUUUCCAGCUCCUCUCAUGUCUCUUUGCCUUUCCCCGGAUGGUUCCACCCGGGUGAUCGGAGGGUCUAACGGCGUUGUGUUUGCCGGCAAGAAAAAACUCAGAGAUGCGGGGGAGAAGAAGAGUUUGAGUCUUUGGAGUGUGAGGAGCGAAGUGGACGAGAGUAGGAGAAGGGCACUGAGGCCGACGUAUUUCAGGUACUUCCAGAGAGGGCAGAGCGAGAAGCCAUCCAAAGAGGAUUACUUUGUCAAGCAGAAGAAAGGAUUGAAGCUUGCGAGACACGAUAAGCUGUUGAAGAAGUUCAGGCACAAGGAGGCUCUGGUCUCCGUGUUGGAGGAGAAGAAACCGGCAAAUGUGGUGGCAGUGAUGGAGGAAUUAGUGGCAAGGAGGAAGCUGAUGAAGUGCGUGUCGAAUAUGGAAGAAGGCGAGUUGGGAAUGCUGCUAGGUUUCUUGCAGAGGUACUGCACUGUCCAGAGGUAUUCUGGAUUGUUGAUGGGAUUGACAAAGAAGGUUUUGGAGACGAGAGCUGAGGACAUCAAGGGUAAAAACGAGUUUAAAGGGCUUCUCAGGAACUUGAAGAGGGAGGUUAACCAGGAGAUUAGGAUACAACAGUCUCUUCUAGAGAUUCAGGGUGUUAUUGCUCCUUUGAUGAGAAUUGCUGGGAGAAGUUGAUUAAUCUAUGCAAGUUUUGUUUGUUUUUCUACAUUUGAUGCUUUCAACGUUUUUCUCCUAAUGAUAAUUUCUUGGUAAUCUAAACUUGAAAUGAUGGAUUUAUGUAACAAAGAGCAGUUUUGUUUUGUU